UUGGGGGGGGGGAGAGCGGCGGGAGGGAGCGAGGGGGCAGGCAGCGGCCUCUCCGCCUCCUCCCUCGCCUGCAGCGCGCCCGGCGUCGGCGGCGUCCAGAGCCCCGUGCGGCGCGGAUCGCGAGCCGCCGAGGGACGCCCGAUGGUGCCGCGCGGCGACGGCGGGGGAGGUGCCAGGCGCCUUCUGCAGCUCGCGCUGCGCUCGCCCUCGCGGAGCCUGCGCCUGUGGCUGCUGCUGCUGCUCCUCCUGGCGGCUCUCGGCCACGCGUGGACUUACCGCGAGGAACCUGAGGAGAGCGACAGGGAAGUGUGCUCCGAGAGCAGAGUCGCCACCACCAAAUACCCGUGCCUGAAGCCCGGCGGGGAACUCAGCACCUGCUUCAGGUGAGUGGCGCCGCGCGCUCCCGCCUUUGCCGCGGAUGGAAGAGCUGCUGGGACGGUUGAGGAGAGGAGGUGGGGGA